AAGACCCGGGGAGACUAUAAAAGUAGUUUCAUGCCCGCUGCAGUGAGGGCUCGGCUCGAUAUGCGCAGACACACGGAGGUAGGCAGAGCAGAUAGACAACAACACACACCCACACACACUUAUUUAAGGGUUAUGUUCACAUGUGGCUCACUGUCAAAGGUAGUGCUUAAAGAGGAGCGUGAAUUUAUGGGGCGGUAAUUUUCUUCCUUAGGGUUUUUUUGUAUCGAAACCAGUCAGGCAGUGUUUUAGUAAAUUGCAUGUUUUCCACUUUAGUGAAUAGGAUGCUCGUCUUUUCUAGUCAACCCCGGGCUGUUUGACACUUUUCCGCCACCGAGCUGGAUUCACUAACCGGUGUGUUCUCUUACCGGGGGAGGUUGGGCUCAUUUCAACUUUUCUGACCGUACCUUUGAUGCCACGGAAAUGGAGAGCGUGUCCGCGCUUUGUAGUAAAAGUUUGCUCUGGACGCUGCUGGUCCUCGCGCUGAGCUCUGUGUCUGUGCACGGGACCUGGAAGACCGGACUGUACAAAACCUACGCAGCCUCCUCAGUGUACCAGAAAAGAAACUGGUGUCCUCACACGGUCACUAAGACGGUGACAUGCCAGGUGCAGAAUGGGACGCUGCUGCAGCGGGUUUACCAGACAUGCCGCUGGCCGCAGGGAUGCACAGGAGGCAGCUACAGGACCGUGGUCAGACCUUCCUAUAAAGUGGUGUAUCGCACUGUGACCUCUCUGGAGUGGAAAUGCUGUCCAGGAUUCAGCGGCGCCGCCUGUGAAGAAGAUGGAGGGAACCAGCUUGUAGCUCAAGAGGCGGUGAGGAAACCUUCCACGCUACGCCGCCCGCCUGCACGCACAGGAGAGACCAUCUCUAGUUGCCUCAACUGCAGCCGAAUCACAGCUCUUACCGACCGGCUGAGCUCGCUGGAGGCCAAGGUCCAAUUACUCAAUGCCCCGGCCUCCGUAUCACAGCGCCCCCUUCCGGCUAAAGGAGGAACUGCUCCAGAGGCCUCAUUACUGAUUGGUGCUGUGCAGGCACAGGGAGCUCCUGGUGAGCAGGGACCAGCAGGUCCUCAGGGUGAAAAGGGGAGAGAUGGGCUUCCUGGCAGAGAAGGGAAGCCAGGGUCUCGAGGGCUGCCAGGUCCCAGUGGGCCUCGGGGGGAGGCCGGGACAAGGGGCCCAUCUGGAAUCCCUGGAUUCAAGGGAUCCUCGGGACCGGCAGGGCCCCGUGGACCAUCAGGACCCACGGGAGAGAGGGGUCUACCCGGCCCACCAGGUCCUCCAGCCAGUGCCCACAUCCCAGAACCAGACCAGAGUCGUAGAAAAGACCCGUUCUUCAGCAACUCUUUCCAAGACUCACGAGGGUUGCCAGUUCCAGGACCUCAGGGUCCCCCCGGGCCUGUCGGUCCACCCGGUCCCAGAGGCCCAGUCGGACCUUCUGGCCCAUCAGGACAGAAUGGUAAAAAUGGAGGCCCUGGAGUGCAGGGCCCUGUGGGCCCAAAGGGAGAGCGUGGGGAGAGAGGUCCUUUAGGUUACCAAGGAGAGAGGGGCUUCAGAGGCGAGCCGGGAACACCGGGUUCAAAGGGAGAGCCAGGAGAGAAGGGCUUGCCGAGCAAUCUAAAUGGGGACGGCAUACAUCAGAUCAGAGAGGCGCUGAAGAUCUUAGCCGAGAGGGUUUUAAUCCUUGAGACUAUGAUCGGUAUUCAUGAGCCUGAUCUAGGGUCUGGGGACGGACCGUUUGGCACAGCCUCCCCUAGUUUCUACAGAGAUAAGCGAGCAGGUGCGCUUCCAUAUCGACUUGCUUCUCCUCUGUCCUCCAACACCAAGGUUCGAGGGAAGUAGCCCCUCCUCCCCUCUGCUCACCCUGAGGAUCACAGGCUGGGUUGAUUCCCCCUUCUCUAGGUCUCAUCGGCAAUCAACAAAUUUAGACCUUAUCUGAUACUCUCUCUGGGCUUUGCUAUCAGAUUAGGGAUGGGGGACACCUCAGGGAAACUCCACUGAUAUUCCACAAUGCCCUCCUCCAUCGGGAGCCUGAGAACUAGUUUGACCCGUCUGCAUCGCCAUACCCAAACACUUCACAUAACACUCCCAGCAGCUCCUUCUGUGUCGCAUCUUCAAAUAACGUUUUUUAAUGGUUGAAAAAAAAAAGGAAAAUCUCAAUCUUCUGGACAAUAAGGGUCAUUUAGAGUUAUCAAUGAAAGGAGGAAUCAGAUGUGAGAAACUGGAUAUGUGUUUUUUUCUUGCUUUCACAAUGUAACUGCAAUCUGAAGAGAUUCCACUAUUUAAGUAUAUUGAGCAUGUACAGUUUGCAGGACACAAGUACACAAACAAACCUCUUCUUCUAGUAUUCAUUUUGUUAUACUUCUCAUAUUGUUAUGUAGUGCACUAAAAAGAUGAAGUCAUCUCUACUCUUAAGAUAUGUGUUGCCAACAGUGAUUUGUAGCUUUCUGGUGUGAGUCCCCCCCCCCCCCCCCCCCCAUUCAAUGCUAAAAUGAUUAAAUACACAAUAGUUUAUUAACAUACUUCAAAGCUCAAACUCAAAAGCACAACAAAUUGGUUUUGGUGGCAUAUCAACAGAGACAUUAUGAAAAUAACUUCAAACUUGCUGUCCAUUUCCAGAGCUUACACACACUUACACACUCACACACACACACACACACACACACACACACACACA